GUAACAGUAUCUCAACUUUUGCUCAGCUUGCCCGUUGAUCCAACCAAUGCAGUCAUAAAGGAAGCCGAGUUGAUCACGGGAUACUUAAUGCCAGCUUUGAAAACGCUCUUUGACGACGAUGGAAAGCAUAUUCGUAUGCGUUGGAUGGCGACGGAACCCCUUGACGGAAGCAAAAGCACAAUUGCCAGCAGAUGGCCGGAUUGUCUUAUAACCAUGUACCCUGAAGACACAGACGAUGGCGUGAACAUCGGAUAUGGGGAGGCCAAGCGAGAAAGCGAACGACGAAACCAUUACCUGAUCAACCAGGAUCUGAUUCGCCUUGCAUUGUUCACGAAAAAAACCGUCGACGAUACAAGCUUUGAUACCAGCGCUUCACUAGCCAUCCAUGCUAUUGGUGCCACUUUGACCUUCUAUUUGCUCAAGAUUCAAGCGGAUGGCCUAUAUAUCAUGACCGAAUUGGCCCAUCUGGAUGUUCCCAUGGCUGUGUCCGAGAUCCCUUCUUUCCUU